UGGACCUAGCAGUUUCUGAGAACUGUAAAUCAUUCCCCUGGGGCUCAAUGCUCAUCUUCACUAACCAAGAAGUAUUCGAAAUUGGUGAAAAUAUCUAUGGAACUCUAUACAUCAAACUUGAUGAAGAGUUCCCCUUUAAGUGCAGUCUCCGGAUGACCUAUACAGUUCAGGAAAAACUUUCUUACACAGUCGAGGUGACAAAGAAAAUUGGCAUGAAUAUUAAAAAGAAAUAAACAAAUCUGAGCUGAUAAUGAUGAAAUAUAUUCCUAUGGCCUCUGGCUGUUUACAGUCCCAAUUUGUCUCAAAGCUGGCUUUCAUACAUUUAGAUUUACGAUCAAAAUUCAAGAGGAUGUUCCUCCCUCAUUUUCGUAUGAUCGGAAAAGCGAUACUGCAUCUGUGAGACAUAAUUUAGUGGCUGAGCUCUUUGCAGUGAGUAAGACAUACCGUCAUUCCCUACCCCUAAUUGUUCAGGAAAACAGUGAUAAAUUCUUGCCUCUCAAUCCAUACGAACUACCCAAAGAUGUGGCUAAGGUAAAGAAAAUUUGAUGCUCAAUAGGGUAUAGUCCUGCUGAGCUUAGUUGAACUUUGGAGAAAUUGUGCUAUAAACCUUCUGAGACGAUUCAUAUAAAAUGUUUAAUAAAAUAUUUUGAGCAAACCCCAAAAGUCAAAGAAAUAUCAUGUAAAUUAAUUCAAAGAGUUGAAUUUUACCUUGAUGUAGUAAAAAUAAAAGAAAGAGUACUCUUGGAAAGUUUUUACUCUCUUAAUUUAAUCAACAAGGAGUCUAGUUCAAAGUAUGCUCAUCGGGAAGAAGAAAAUCUACUCUCUCUUGAUCUUAACAAAGUAGAGGAGCAUGGUGCAAGUGUAAACUCUCAGACUUAUGAUUUAUAUCACUUGGCAUACACUCUCCCAAACUCUAUUGAUGACCCUAUCAUAAAAUGCAUUUAUUUCGCUGAGAUCUCACUAAACUACGACACAUGCUUCAAAAUGGACCCCACAGUGAUCAGAGUCCAGAUAGAAAUCUUCCCAAAAAGUAUAUACGAUGUAAAAGUAUGCCCCAUGAUCCAAGAACAAAACAUAAAAAUCUAA